CUCGAUCUUCGUUCAUAACAACAUUCAAUAUGGCCCCGAAAGGAAAAGGCCGCAACGAAGACCUCAAACAAGAAGAUGUUUUGCAAGCAGUUGUGAUUGCUGAUAGUUUUAAUGUUCGUUUCGGACCCGUCACGAGGGAUAAACCGAGGGCUCUGCUGCCACUGGUGAAUGUCCCACUUUUGGACUACACUCUUGAAGCUCUCGCAACGUCUGGUGUACAGGAAGUCUUUGUUGUCUGCUGCCACCUUGGAGAUCAAGUGCGAGGACACAUCAGACAGUCCAAAUGGCAAGACUGUGGCUCACCUAUGGCGGUGACAGCCGUCAUGUCAGACUCGUGCCUGUCUAUGGGAGAUGCCCUGCGGGAGAUUGACAGCAAGGCUCUGAUCCGCACCGACUUCAUCCUGAUCAUGGGGGACAUAGUGGCCAACAUGGACAUUGGUCAAGUGGUCAAGGAGCACAAAGCUCGUACACAGGGCAAAGACAAGUCCUCGGUGAUGACCUUGGUCUUCAGGGUCGCUCAGCCUGGUCAUCGGGCCCGGACAAAGGAGGAAAACAUGUUCCUCAUUGAGCAGGGAGACACAGGCAGAUUGCUCUACUUCAAGAAGACGAAGGAUGACAGUCGCAAGAUAGCAGUGCCCAUGGAUAUCCUGAUGGAGCAUGAUGACAUCAUCGUCCACAACGACCUGAUGGACUGCCACAUCAGCGUCUGCUCCCCGUCCGUCCCGACACUGUUCACGGACAACUUCGACUACCAGACCAGAGACGACUUUGUCAAGGGAAUUCUCAUCGAUGAAGAGAUCAUGGGCAACAAGAUUCACAUCAACAUUGUGCGGGACAAAUUUGCAGCCCGAGUGUCGAACAUGCAGACUUAUGAUGCCAUAAGCAAAGAUGUGAUCUGUCGCUGGACGCUUCCCUAUGUGCCGGAUAUCUAUGGCAGCGGUUCUGGAGAGAGGGUGAAGUACGGUCCACACAACGUCUACUGCAGUAAAGACGUGACCUUAGCUAGAGGCUGUGAGCUGAAGAGGGACGUUGUUGUGGGCAGUGGGACGCGGGUUGGCAGUGGCACCGACAUUUCACGCUGCGUCAUCGGCAAAAACUGUCACAUAGGUGACAACGUGACGUUACAUAACAGCUACCUGUGGGACAACGUGCGAGUGGAGGACAACUGUGAGGUGGACACUGCCCUCCUGUGCUCUGGCGUCUCCGUCCUGUCCAACGUGGUGCUCAAGAGAGGCGUCAUCCUGGCCUGGAAUGUGGUCGUGGGACCGAAUGUCACGAUUGCUCAAGGGACGCAACUGAUGAGCGAGCCUCAGAGGGACGAGUUUGACGACAAUGACCUUUCAUUUGGUGACGAUGACGCACAACAGCUGCAGUCGGUCAAGGAAAAGCAGGGAGAGAAUGAAGAAGAGACAGAGGCGGAGAGUUACGGAGCCCAAAGCAAAGCGUUCCUGUUCAAGCCUUAUGUGGACAGUGAUGAUGAAGAUGAGGCUGCCGUGAUUGAGUGUCAGUGGGGAAAGUCCGCGUCCGACUCAGAGGAGCGGAACUCGUACGAGAGCGAAUCGGAGAGUGAGGAAGAAGAGGAGGACAGCGAGGGUGAGGCCAUGGGUGACUUUGAUGCUGACUCGGAGGAGGAAGAGGAUGUGGUGGACAGCGCCUUAGGCUUCAGCCCCAAGGCCUGCAUGAUGAGACGUAACACCGAUUUCUACCAGGAGCUUGUGGACACCAUCGUACGAGGCCACACGGAGAAGAUCACGGACGACAAUCUCAUUCUGGAGAUAAACUCUCUCAAACAUGCGUAUACGGUACCGAUCGACGAGGUCAUUGCCAGUUUGCCGUGUGCCAUGUUUGAAAUGGGGGCCUCUCUGAACAAUGCCAAGGUCACUGCAGACUCGAAGCUGUUUGUGUUGUUCAAGAAGAACGUCGAGCGUUACGCCCCUCUACUCUCCAAGUACAUCAAAAAUGCCGAGACGCAGCUCGUGGCUAUUAAUGGACUCGGGGACUUUGUGAUACGCAACAGUGAACUCCGACCCAAGCUCCCACAGCUGAUCAACUUCCUGUACGACGCGGAUGUCCUGUCUGAGGGCUCCAUACUGUCCUGGUUCAACUCGAACCGCUUCCAACCCGGCUCCAACGAUGCUCUCCGGCACGAGUUUCUCAAGAAGUUGGUCCAACCCCUGGUGAAGUGGCUGCAAGAAGCAGAGGAAGAGUCAAGUGAAGAGGAUGAUGAUGAUGAUGACGAUGAGUGAUAGUUUGAAAUAAUUUAGGAAAGCUUUGAAUGUUGAAGUUAAAGCAAAUUGUUCAGUUUUGUGAGAUUUGUUUUGAUUUUUUGUCUGGCUGAAGGAAGAAAGUGAAAAUAAAAGCGUAAACUUCU